CCUUAUGCAAUCAACUAUGAAUAUAAUAGAAUCAAUUGUAAUGGAAUAAUUGAUUCAAUUGUAAUGGUAUAAUUGAUUCAACUGUAGAUAUGAUAGAUUCAACUACAAUUGUAUGAUUGAUUAUAGGCAUUCAACUAUAAAUAUAAUAGAUUCAACUGUAGUAGUAUAAUUGAUUCAACUGUAAAUAUGAUAGAUUCAACUGUAGUGGUAUAAUUGAUUCAACUACAAUUGUUUCAUUGAUUUUAGGCAUUCAACCAUAAAUAUAAUAGAUUCAACUGUAGUGGUAUAAUUGAUGCAACUGUAAAUAUGAUAGAUUCAACUGUUGUGGUAUAAUUGAUUCAAUUGUAAAUAUGAUAGAUUCAACUACAAAUGUAUGAUUGAUUCUAGGUAUUGAAGCAUAAAUAUAGUUAAUAAAACUAGAGUGUAUUUAAAGCAUUUUACAAUAAAUAUAUUUGGUUUAACUGGCAUCAAUGUUUAGAUUUUUCUCUUGCCGCCAUUUCAGUUAUUUACAUUCGUGGCUGGAGGUGACAAAUUUUUUUUUCCGUACCAGAAAUGAGUCUUGCAGAUUCGGAUACGGGUGGUAAUUGAUAUUAAUCGUUAAAAUGUGUUUUCCCAAAUCAUCCGAAUUGUCGUAAUUGCAGGUAGCAUGCGGGAAGCAGACGGAAGAAAUACUGGAGCAGCUAGAGGUUCACGAAUGAUUCCUCCGGAACAAAAUUCCUCUUCAUCAACUUCUGAAUCGUCAGCUCCUUCCAUCAUCGGAACAACCACAGACUACUCGCCGAACCAAAAGCCACCGCUAGCACUCGAAGAGGAUACGAACAGCACAGCCAGCAGCUACAUUCCAGCAGUCACAGUUACUGUAAUCGAGAAUUCCCAGCCCGCUCAGUUGACUUCGAUUUGCCCAUCUGUUGGCCCCGUAGAAUCAACCGUGACUGCAACCGUUCAUCAAGCUUCACUACCGGCUGCGGCCAUCAUUAUUGGAAGGCAAGUUUUCGUUAGUUCUACCGAAGGCAACAUGCCAUACAGUGGCAACGGGGGAUCCGGUUUCCGUCCAUUAAGCGUUCCAUUCGCUCGUAUGCUUUCCAGCAACUCUAGCAGUGAUCGGCGCUCCGGGAAUGCCGGUGCUGAAAUCUAUCCUAUUUCGGCAUCUUCGUCGAUUGCCAGCUAGUGGAUCCAAAAUAACCCAACUGAAGAAGAAGGUCCUGGUGCAGCUCGCGCUUCGGUGAUUUUAACUACCAUCACCAUCAUCAUCAUUUCCAGAAUCACCAGCCACGAUUGAUUCUGGAAAUGGUUAUUUUAUGGAGGUUUAAGUUUGUUUACACAUUAAAAUGUUUGGCAUCUAGUGUUGGGCUUGAUUGUUAGUUGUACCUCUUGUAUCAGCCAAUUCAAGAUGUGUGUAGUCACCCAAUGCUAUGCUAUGCUAUGCUUAAGUUUGUUUACACAUUAAAAUGAUAAAUUAAUUUUAAGAAAUACAAUGGUCCUACUCUUUUGCUAGCUUUUAUUUCGGAACCAAAAUUAAAGGUUCUGAGCCUAGUAAAAACCUAUAAAACAUCCGAAAUCUAACUUUUCUUAACCUUCCAAAGCCGUUCGCUAAAUAUCCGUUUCGGGGAAAUAUGCGUUGUAAUUUGAUUUCGUUCUCCUGGCUGUAAAUGUUAACCGAUUUUGAUGAUAUUAUAUUCAUUGUGUAGGUAAUUUAUUCUUAUUACUCAACAUUUCAAAAUAAAGUUGAUAUGUAUUACCAGGCUUUCAGAAACUGGUUCAGAAAGUUAAAAGUCCAAAAAAUCAAUUUUAUUUUUAAAAUACUCAUAACUUCUGACAGCUUUCCUGUAUUUAAUUGUUUCAUUGAUGUUUGAAAUUGUCAAGAAUCCAUCUAUCCGACAAUGUAUAAAUAUGUUGGGGUCCAAUGAAAAUUUUUACCACUAUGACAGAUCUUCCGGUAGAAAAAAGUCUUACUUUAAAAAAGCGACAUCCAGUUUUUGCUUUGCUUAGCUGUAUUUCAUUUUUCAAUGAACCGAUUUUAAAAACUCAAAUUUUAGUUUUUUGGCGUUAAUUUGAUCGUCAUUUUCAUAGAACACACUUGGUCUGUCAAAACUACCAGUUCAUCAGUAUAUUGGAAUGAUGAUAAAGAUGUUUGAAAUGUGCGCUUCGGGUCAUAUUGACCCGAACGGCUUUGGAGGGUUAAUUAUAUAUAUGAAAUAAAUCAAAUAAAAUAAACUUUUAAUUCUAUAAUACACAAUAAUUGAAUCAAGUACAAAUAUAAUUGAAUCAACUAUUUUUGUAUAAUUAAAUUUACUAUAUAUAUAAUUGAAUCAAUCAUACAAUUAAAGUUGAAUCUAUCAUAUUUAUGGUAGAAUGAAGAAAUUCAAUCAUACGUAUGUAGUAGAAUCUAAGAUAUUUAUAGUUGAGUGCGCAAAAUCAAUCAUAUCGGUAUAAUUGAAUCUAUUAUAUGCAUUGUUGGACACAAAAAAACAAUCCGAUAAUCAAUUGUAUAUAUAAUUGAAAGUUUGAUAUUUAUAGUUAGCCGAGAAUUAAUCAGAAAUAUGAUUGAAUUAAAGUGGGUUAUUGUUAAAAAUACUAUACUUUUUUCUCCGUGUUUGAAGCAAAUCCCCUUGAAUUUAUAUAUUCCAGAUAGCGUCGAGGAACCAUCAUGAGCUGCAGAUCGUAUGGUCAGGGGAUCAAGUCCAGGUCAGGCAAAUAAUAAAUUCGUACGAUAUAAACUUGAAUUUGGCAGCAAAAAAAAGCAUUUCUUUGAAAUAAUCUUAUUAUUAUUAUUUUUUUUUGAAAAUGAAUAAACCAAUUGGUUUAAAAUACAAAAAUAAUAAUAAUCUUAUUUUUUCUCAACUGACGGAAAAUGAGUGCCUUGCACUCAAGUCGCAAAAUACGACCAAAUAAGUCGUCAAACUUUCCCUAUUGUUACGAAAAAUGUCGUAUAUUACAACCUCAAUCAUCUAUAUGAUGAUGUAAAUUGUCAUAGUAUAUUCCAAAAAGAAUCAGGGUAGUCGUGAAUGAUGCGCAUGACAAGUCGUGCAAAUCGUAAUUUAAUACAAUCCAAAUCAAAAAUAUGUUUGCUAAUGUACCUAUAUGGCCUCCAAAAUGAUACGUAUAUACUGGUUUUGCUACAUUAUAUACGAUAUGUUUACACGUAUAUUUGCACGUAUAUUUGCGUUGCGAAUUCGAAAUACCCACCAAAUGGUUGUCUGGGGAGCUUCUCUUGAAACCCAUCUGCUUAAGUACUUCAUCGAAACGGUUAUUCCAGCAUUUUGCAGAUUGGCGAAGCCCGUAUAUGCUUUUUCGUAAACGACAAACUAAGUCCUUUUUGCCUUCCACCGCGAAACCGGGAGGCUGUCGCAUGUAAACUUCUUCGGUAAGGUCGCCAUUCAGAUAAGCGGUUUUGACGUCCAGGUGUCUGAGUGUCAUCUUCUUGCUGCUCGCAACUGCUAAUAGCGCACGUAGUGUGGCUUGCUUCGCCACUGGAGCGUAGACUUCAUCAAAGUCCACACCGGGCUGCUGGCUGAAACCCUGUGCGACUAAACGGGCUUUGUAUUUGAUGGGUUCUCCGUCAGCGUUACGCUUCAAUUUGAACACCCAUCGACUCCCCACGAUCUUCCGACCGACCGGUGGUUUGACGAGGUCCCAGGUCUUAAGAUCACGGUGGGAUUUCAGUUCGUCGUUCAUGGCUUUCAUCCACAGCUCUUUACUCUCACUGGACACAGCUUCUCGAUACGAUGAUGGCUCUUGCUCCUCCUGAAGACAGGCUGCGUUGCUCUCCUCUCCAAGGCGCACUGGUGGUUUUCCCUUAUUCACUCUUUUAGAUCUUCGAAGGUAUUCAUCUUCGUGAAAACCUUCGAAAUCUGUUGCACUGUUAUAUUCAUCAUCAGAAAGUUCGUUGUCAUUUUCAUUUAGUACCACUGAUUCAUUGUCAUUGUUUACACUCACUUCAGGAAUUGUUUCUUCUUCUUUUUCGAUCGUAGAACGAUCAACACUGAUUUCCACUUCUUCAGGAACCACUUCACUAUUUGUUUCGGCGCCAACAGCUUCCUCCAUAAAACGGGCAUCUCUACUGAUCGUCACUUUUUCCGUAGACGGGUCCAGGAACCGGUAGGCCUUCCUACCUUCCGCAUAUCCAACGAAGAUCAAUCGAACGCUCUUGUCAUCUAGCUUCUUUCUUCGCUCCUUUGGGACGUGCACAUAAGCUGGGGUACCAAAUACUUUAAGAUGGCGAUAGCUAGGCUUACGGUCAAACCAGAGUUCGUAUGGCGUUCGACCAGUGGCAGACGCAGGCAAUCGGUUGAGCAGGUAGUUGGCUGUGUGCACUGCUUCACCCCAGUAGCGUUUGUCCAUGUUGGCCUCCAACAGCAAGCAGCGGGUCAUUUCGAUGAUGGACCGAUUUUUCCUCUCCGCUUGCCCAUUUUGCUGUGGGCUGUACGGGGCAGUUUGUUGCAGCGUGAUACCGUUACACAGUAGCAAACGUUUGAACGUUUCACCUGAAUACUCGCCCCCACCGUCUGUGCGAAGAAUUUUCGGAACCUUUCCGAACUGCGUCUUCAUCAGCUUCAUGAAUUCUUCGAUCUUUUCUUGUGUUUGUGACUUCCGUUCGAGUAAAAAGAUUGUACAGUAACGGCUGAAGUCAUCAAUCAAGGUAAGCACGUAGCGUUUACCACUCGGCGUGGGAUUCUCCAUGGGGCCGCAUAGAUCUGAAUGAACCAGAUCUAAAAUUGCUUUAGAUUUUGACUCGGAUUGCUUUGGAAAAGGUAAACGUGUUAACUUACCCUUACAACAGACGGUGCACGUAGAGCGGAUGCUGCAUUUUUCAAGCUUCAGGUUGUCACCGAGCUGAUCCUUGACAAUUCGGCGAAUGUCGUCGGGGUUGCGGUGCCCCAAUCUUCGGUGCCACAUAUGCAGACAGUUGUCUCGAUGAUUGGCUUUAGCUAGAAGUGAGCGUUCCUGGAAGUUCAGGUGGUACAUGUUACCGAUCCUUCCACCGGUGACAACCACUUUUCCAUCCUUGGUCACUGUACAUCCGGCUUUGUCAAACUUCACUACACAUCCUUCGUCGGCGAUUUUGCUGACAGACAGCAAGUUACUCUUCAAAGCUGGUACGUGCAGUACACCUUUCACUGUCAGCUUCAUCACUAUUUCAUUUUCAGCUUCUGCGUUUAUAACACUGUUUCCGAUUCCUUCGGAGAAAAUUUUCUUCCCAUCCGCCAAAAUAACCGGUUCACGACGUGAAGAGUCAAUUGUAAACAAUUUCGUUGCAUCACCCGUCAUAUGUGUCGUACACCCGGAGUCAAAAAACCACAAAUCUCGCUCUGUUGUCGUCAGACUAAAACAAAAUUCGUCUCCACACGAUUCAACUUGAGCCACUUUUUGUUUUGGUUUCCACUGAUAACUUUUCUUCGUCGAGUCAUCGACUUGUCUUCGCUCUUGAUCCCUUUUAAACUUUCUGCAGUCACGGCGAAAAUGACCUUCGUUGCCGCAGUAAUGACACUUCUUCGAUCUCUUCGUAGUGGUAAUCGAAGCCUUUUGUUUGGAUGUUUCAGGAUGGAUAGAAUCUUCACAACGCCUACGCCACUCAUCCAAGAGCCGACCUUUGACGAAAUCCACUGAUAAGUCAUUCUCAUCGCGAGAUUCCAGCGAUAUCACUAUCAUAUUAUAGGAUUCCGGUAAGCUGGAGAAAAUUAUCGCCACUAUCCAGUGAUCCCCCGCAUGAUCAAAUAUCAUACACUUAAUCUUUAAUAUUAUUCUGUUCUGAUUACAUGUAUGGUAACUAUUCGUGUAAUCGUUCUAGUAUCUUCUAAUUUUCAACAAUCUUUUGCGUUUUUUAUGCGUCUUCGCUUAAAACGAUAUAAAAAUAUUAUUGAAAGAUACGGGUAAUAAUCUUAAAAAUUAACUCAAUUUUGGUGCAUCCGAGUGUAUCGUGUGUCUUCACUGCCAGUCAACAAAAAGCAAGAGCGGGAAUCGCAGGGAACAAAAAAUGUUACCUCGCGGAAGACCGGAAUCCUCGUGGAAAAGGAAUCGGGUUCAUCGGCAUUGUGGAAUAUCCCGGAGUUACCUUUUGGUGGCGGUUAUGCAGUUCCGGAUGCCACUGGGAGAAUCUGCUGGGAAUACUGGCCUCGUAAGAUUAAAGAUUAAGGUAUUUUGUGGAGCUCACCAUCGGCGUUGGAUCGGCGGGUUCGGAGGAUCUCUAUCGAUUGGAACAAAGGCAUCGAAAUCAGUUUGUGUUUACGGAGGUACUGGAAUAUCUGAACAGAUUGCAGAACUGAAGCGGGGCGCAGAAAUCAUAGUUUGUACUCCAGGUCGAAUGAUUGAUAUGUUGGCAGCCAAUUCUGGUCGGGUGACAAAUCUUCGACGGGUCACCUACGUAGUGUUGGACGAAGCAGAUCGCAUGUUUGACAUGGGUUUUGAACCUCAAGUAAUGAGAAUCAUUGACAACGUUCGACCUGAUCGACAAACCGUUAUGUUCAGUGCGACAUUUCCACGGCAAAUGGAGGCACUAGCAAGGCUAAUUCUCCAGAAGCCUAUUGAAAUUCAGGUCGGAGGUCGCUCUGUAGUUUGUAAAGACGUUGAACAGCAUGUUGUUGUUUUAGAAGAAGACACUAAGUUCUUCAAACUGCUGGAACUGCUCGGUUUAUACCAAGAACUUGGUAGCAUCAUAGUAUUCGUCGAUAAACAGGAAAAUGCUGAUAUUUUACUGAAGGACCUGAUGAAAGCUUCCUAUCCCUGCAUGAGUUUACACGGUGGCAUUGAUCAAUUUGAUCGUGACUCGACUAUCAUUGAUUUUAAGCAGGGUCGUGUCAAACUGCUUAUUGCGACUCCGGUGGCAGCAAGAGGUUUGGAUGUGAAGCAACUCAUUCUCGUGGUUAACUAUGACUGUCCCAAUCAUUACGAGGAUUACGUUCACAGAUGCGGACGAACAGGUCGAGCUGGGAACAAGGGAUUCGCAUGGACAUUCCUAACUCAUGAUCAGGGGCGGUUUGCCGGUGAAAUUGUAAGGGCAUUAGAGCUUUCAGGCGGCACCAUUCCAGACGAUUUGCGAAUUCUCUGGGAAACGUACAAGACGGCUCAAGAAGCCCAGGGCAAAACCGUCCACACAGGGGGUGGUUUCAGUGGCAAAGGGUUCAAAUUCGAUGAACAAGAGGCUGCUGCUGUCAACGAACGUAAAAAGUUACAGAAGGCAGCAUUGGGUCUGCAGGAUUCAGAUGAUGAGGAUGACCUAGAACAGGAUAUUGAUCAGCACAUCGAGAGCAUGUUCGCUACCAAGCGAAUUGUUAAGGAAGUAGAAGCCCCAGUUAUAACGCAAACGAUUGCAGCCCCAGUACCAACCACGACUAACUCAGACAAGUUGGAAUUGGCCAAAAGGCUGGCUUCUCGAAUCAAUAUGCAGAAAAAUUUCGGCUUGGAAGCCAAAGGCGCAACUCAGCAAGCUGCAGAAGCUAUUCUCAAAGGUGGCAAUACUCAGCAGCUUAUUACGGCCAAGACUGUCGCUGAACAGCUGGCAGCAAAAUUGAAUAACAAACUGAAUUAUCAACCCAAGGACGAAGAAGAACCGGCCCCUGAAUCAAAUGAAACGGUCUUCCGAAAGUACGAGGAAGAGCUGGAAAUCAACGAUUUCCCCCAGCAAGCUCGAUGGAAAGUCACGUCAAAGGAAGCGCUGGCUCAAAUUUCGGAAUACUCCGAGGCUGGUCUCACGGUGCGCGGUACUUAUGUGCCUCCAGGUAAGAACCCACCUGAAGGCGAACGUAAACUUUAUCUGGCCAUCGAGAGUUGCAACGAGCUGGCGGUGACCAAGGCGAAGCGGGAAAUUACGCGACUAAUCAAGGAAGAGCUGCUUAAGCUGCAAGCCUCUUCACAUCAUAUUAUCAACAAAUCGCGGUACAAGGUGCUGUAGAGGGAUGUAAGUAUAUCAUAAAAUUUUCAAUUAUUAGAACUUCAACAUAGGAAAACAAUAUUUAAAAGUUCGCAAAAUAUUACAUUCAACUAAUGGAAA